UCUUUGCAGACUAUUCACAUAAUAAUUCCUUACAUUUAUAAGCGCUUCUCAUCCACCACCAGUUUACAUUCAUUGUGUCCAUAAUUAUCAGUAUAAUCAGAUUUUUGCCAUAUUCAAACGAUGUCUACAAAAACUGAGCGCAGUGAAUCUGAGAAUGCGCCAGUCGCUAGAGCGGCCUGGGCUUCAGAAGCAUCAAGUUUACAAAGAAUCGAUCUGAUCCAUGAAAUAAAGGACAACAGUACAGCAGACAAAGGGAAGGAGGGAAAAGCGAAAGCAUCGCAUAUCUUCUUCCAGAAGCUGUGCGCGGCUGUGAAGCAUCCAGACAAAGUGGUGCGUUUCUCAGCACAGACGGAUGCUCAUCUGAACGAUCCUGAGGUGACUGCUGUCCCGGGUGCCUCGGCAGUUCCCGAACUGCUGUGUCUGCCGGGUCAGGUGUUUGAAGAUCCGGAGUGUUCUUCCUGGAUCAGAGAGCCAAUGCUUCAUCCUGAUCCAUCCGCUCUCAAAGAAACUAAGAAAGGAAGGAAGAAGAGAGCAGUGCCUGAGUUCUUCCGGAAAACAUGUGAGGCUGUGAAGCAGCUCUUCCCCUGCUGCGACCAAGUCAGAGUCCAGCCUCCUAAAGCAGAGCCGGAUCUGGACCAAUCUCAGCUUGUUCUGCCAGAGCAGGACCAGGUCUCUGCAGACCUCCAGUCAUCUCCUGAGGAAGAAGUUCCCUCUGAGAUCCAGGCCCUCGAUGCAGUUCUGGCCUGUUCAGUGUCCGGUUCAGUGUCCAGUUUGGUGUCUGGUCCGGUGUCCGGUUCUGUUUCCGGUUCAGUGUCCAGUUCGGUGUUGAUCAGGUCAGAAAUGGCUCUGGACACAGUGUUGCCUGAUCCAGAAAUCACGCUUACUCAAGGCGAGUCAUUACAGCUUUAUUUCCACUCAGUUAUAUUCUCUUAUGUAUUGUUAUAUUGUUCUGCAGUUCAUCUGAAACUAAAGAAAGUUUCAAGACUCUUGAUCUGAUGGUCCUUCAGCUAUUGACAAUCAGUGG